AUAAUAAGCUUCACUUAAAGAACAUGGAUACCAUUCAAUUUGCACGCUGUUCUAGCCAUGUAUCCUUGCUACCUGAUAAAAAAACAAAGCAACCUUUAAACAUAUUUUGAAACAUUUAUGUUUUUCUCAUGAAAUCAGCAAUAAUACAAAAGUGUUAGAUCACAAUAAUAUUUCUGAGAAAGAGAACAUAUAUUUCCACAGAGGAAUGAUAUUAAUCUCUAUGUUAAUCCAAUUAUUGCUCAUUAAUAUUUCUAAGCCUUUAAAAAAAUUUCGGACAUUACUUGAGGAUUUUCUUAACAACGGUGUUACUACUCAAAGAGAUAGCGAUAAAUAUGUCUUUUCUUGGACAUUCAGACAUUAGACUAGACCUGGACAAAGAUAUUAAGCGCGAAGAUGCGAGAUAUUAUCCUGCUCUUUCUAUCAUGGCGUCUAAGCUUGCUUAUGAGAAUGAAGCUUUUAUUAAAUCAGCCGUCACCAACCGUUGGGAGAUGGAGUUUGUUGGCUUUUACAAUUUUUACAAUGAAUUUCAACAUAAAUCAACAACACAAGCAUUCAUAUUCCAACCUCUAUCUUAUUACACAAUUAGAGAAAAACUCAAGGAAAUGUUGGCAAGUAAUAAAAAUGCAAAGUUUAUUGUGACAGGACAUAGUUUAGGAGCUGCACUUGCCAUUCUGUUUCCAUCAAUAUUGGCUUUGCAUGGAGAGAAAGAGUUAUUAGAUAGGUUAGAGGCUGUUUAUACAUAUGGUCAGCCUAGGGUUGGAGAUGAAGAUUUUGGACUGUUUAUGAAAAAUUGUUUGAGAAGACAUAAUAUUAAGUAUUAUAGGAUUGUUUAUCGCUAUGAUAUUGUGGCUAAGUUACCAUUUGAUAAUACUUUGAUGACAUUCAAGCAUUUUGGAAAAAGCUUACACUUUAACAGCCUUUAUCAUGGAAAGGUUAGCAUGCAUAUAUAUUAUCACUCUUUCGAUAUAAUUCAGCACUUUCUUUGUUGCUUUAAAAUUACACUAUUUAGAAACUUUUUUAUGAGAUAUCCUCGGCCUCAACCAUCAGCUUAAGCUUUUAGUUGAGUUCUUCUCUUGACAUGGUACGUAUCAGAAGUAUACGUGACGGAAGGUCAUGUGUUCAAAUCUCAUCCACGCCUCAUGUCAAAGUGGAAUAUUUCGCGUCAAGUAUAAGGAGAGCUUGUGUAGCAUUCACAAUUCUAGCCCAAAGGGCUUUCGUGUGAGGGGGCGUGUCCAUGAUAUUUAAUAUCAUGAGGUUUCAACCAUCAGCUUAAACUUUUAGUUGAGUUGGUCUCUUGACAAUCUCGACGCUAAAAUUAUCAAUUUAAACUUUUGUUUGACCAAGUUGUUUGGUCAAUACAACGGAAGGUCAAAAAUUUAAAUCUCAUUCACAUUACAUUUAAAAAAUAGAAUAUUAAGCGUCGGUAUUAAUAACUCACGUAUUGUGUUAACCCAAACUACUCUAACCCAAACUACUUUCGUGCAUCAUGGUGUGAUAUAGCAUAAAACAUUUGCAUAUCAUAAGAAGUCAAUAAUAAGCUUAAGUCUUAAGUUGAGUUGUUUAUUCAAAUUUUCAGAAACAAGCAGGGAAUAUGUGUUCGCUUUGUGUCAUUGGUUCACCAUUUGAUCAUAUUUACAGCAACAUAACUGCAAGUUUGAGACGAACAUAAGCCAUUGUAUGUCGUAGUUGUAUCAUUGGAAAGAACAAAGGGCAUACUCAUUUUUAAGCACACACAAACAGAAUUUUAAGCCCUUUUUGUAUGUAUAAGCUUGUUUUGUUGUAUAUUAUAAAAUGAUUUUUGUAUUUCGCAGAUUUAUCAAAUCAUCAUACAUUCUCAUCACUUUUUACUUCUUUGAAAAGAACAUAUUAGGGCUGUCAAGUAAUUCUCAAUUUGUAAGUUCAAUAUAUUCAAGCUCGUGUUGACAGCUUGUCUACUUCAUAAAAUGAUGUUUGGAUAUUGUUUAGUUCAUUAUUGUAUUACAUGUAAACUAUUUCACUUUAAAUUAAAUUUUUUAAGAAAAUAGAAUUUCUUGGUCCGCAUGCGCCCCACCAACUAGUAUUGAAUAAAUGCACAAUAAAUCCCAAAUUUCCGAGUCUCAGGCAUUUGAUAAUCUUUUCCUUGUAUGGAGGGAGAUAAAUCGAUAGUCGAUAAUCUUUUCCCAUGUUGGGGGUAUCAAACCUAAAAAGUUUCAGCUAAGUUCAUCCUGUUUAGGAAAUUCCAUCGUUAAAAAAUGAUUGAGGAAGGUAUUGCAGCACCGGCAUCAUGUGUCUACUGAGAUCUUACCCAAAGAUUACACCAACAAAAACCCUAAAAGGGCUCUUCAUAAAGACUGAUUAUUGUAGAUGGUGAGUAUAGAUUUUUUUUUUUUUUUUAUUGUCUACAGGAGUGUGUAUGAAUUCUAGAGUGUAACAUUUAAUGAAUUGGAAAAGCAGCCAAGACCUUAAGUUACCGGCUGAGUUCUGUUCCAUGCAGAUUGAUCAUAAUCAUCAAAUCCAUUCAUGUAACGGCUGCGACCUUCUUGCAAGUACAAUACUCCAGACCAAACCCCACGUAUAAGUAAAAUGCUCACAAAUACAACACUUCCGAGAGUACAAAUGACCUGCAUUUUGGAGUGGAGCAAAAGACAUCAGCAUGGUGAACACAAAAGGCCAGAAAACUGUUGCAAUUAAUUAAGAUAAUGAAGAGGAUACUACAAUUUACCAGUCAAUAUUCCAAGUACUAAACACACUAACCAAUUCACAUAACCGACAGUUUUAAGUUCACACAACUUGCUUACGCAUAGCAAUCACAAACACUAGUAGCUACUAUCUAGAACAAAAAAUUGCUCAUAGAUGAUGGAUUUUGUACCCAGUUAACAUGCAUAAAAAUACACUUAUGAGGUGAGGGUGACAUUGUUGUCAUUGUAUUAAUAAUAAGCAGAUGCCUCAAGCCUCAAUAUAACUCCUUUGCCUAUGAAAAGAAAUAGAGACAAGCAGAAUGUGAUAAGUCAGAAGCUUGCAAGAUUGAACCAAAAAAUCCUUAAUCAUUCGAGGAGCAGUGCUACUGAUAUUAGCUCUAGAAAACAACAUAGUAUGUGAAUGAUCAUAAUUCAUAACAACCAAAACAGAGGAGGGAAGAUAAGAAUCCAUCCACACCUUUUGUAGUCCAUGUUUGACAUUGAUCUAAAGAUGCCCAAGUUUUUGCAA